AGUGAAACGUGUCUAAGAAGAAGAAGAAGAAGAAGAAGAAGAAGAAGAGAACAAAAAGGAGUCGGUCAGUUCCCCCAAAUCUGUACAGCCGCAGCGCCUUGUACCAUCUUUCUUUCAAAUCCAACGUUUUUUCACUUCAAUUUCCCUCAUACUUCGCUCUUCCUCGUCUUUCUUCUUACACAUUCGCCGCCCUUUUCUUUUUUUUUUUCUUUUUUUUUUUUCGCUUUCUUCCCAUCACGAAUUUCCCUUCUUCAACAUGGGUUCCCUCUCAAUUCUUGCCCCUCUAUCCUAAUUUGAUUAAUUUCUUGAGAUUUUCACUGCCCAAUUCCUAUAUUUUAUCUGGGUUUUCUGUUUCAUUAAUGGGUAAUUGGAGAGAACGACCCAGGAGAAAUUUUCGAUACCAGAAGCCUCCAUGGUCGGCGAUAAGAAAUUACGAUCACGAUCCUCCACUUGAGCAUUGGCGAGAUGGUAUUCCUCUAUGGGAAAAGAAAUUUUGUGCAGAGAUCGGUUGUGUGCCAUGGGGUAAAAUAGUUGAUUCCAAGAACUUUAUUUAUUGUCAUUCUAAUGUAGUCAAGUGGGAUGAUUCCGCUUGUGAAGAGGCAUUCCACAAUGCCAAAAGACGUUACUGGGCAGAGAUUAAUGGGCAUCAGAGUGACAUCCAUUUGCCUGAUCCAGACAAACAUAUUGAACAAAUCGAUUGGAGUCCUGACAUGGAUUCUAAAAUGAUUGAGGAACUGGAUUGGGCAUAUUACACUCCAAAUAUGAAACAACGUGAUGAUUGGUUGGAAUGUAAAAAUAAAAGAACAAGGAACUCAAAUUCUGUUUGGACAGAAGGGCACAUUGAAGGUCCAGGUCACGAGGGUAAUCCCUGGGGACAUGAUAAUCAGCUCACUGAUAAAACAGGACAAGGAUGCCGCCGGUGGAAUUUUAGUGAUUCAGGGAAUGUGAAUAAUGAUGGCAAUCCUUGGGACAGUAGCAUUAACCAGGGGAACAAAGGUAUGGUCGACAGUAUCUGGAAGGUUGAAAAGAAUCAAGUUGCCACCUCAUGGAAGAACAAAGAAUUUGCUAGUAAUGCAAGGGGUGUGGUGGACAAUGCACGGAAAGAUAAACAGCAUCAAGGUGGCACUGCCUCCUGGAAGACCGAAGGAUUUGCCAGUGAUGCAAGAAAUAACUCAUCGAGAAGGCAGUGGCACCUGCUUGGUAACAGUAAUUUUGAUCAUUAUAAUAGGCCUGGGAAUAGCAGUUACAUUCAUAAUGUCAGGCAUUUACCUGAUAGAACACAGCCAAAUAUUCACAGAAACAACCAAGAUUUGAAAUAUCAGUAUGGCAAGAGGCCAAAAGACACAGAAUUUGAUUACUAUGGGAGGUAGGGAUCAUGGCAACAUUCCUCCCACAGGGGGAGGGUUUUGAUCAUGGUGUUUCAUGCUGGAGGGUAUUCAAAUCUUCGAAGUGAUUAUUAAUGGCUGUUGAGGAGUUGAAUCUCCACAUGAAUUUUGAUUUUGCUCACAAGUAACCGACCAGCAACCUUUUCUGUUUUUGCUUUGAUACUGCAGGAUCGUCUAUGUUUUUGUUGGUAGCUUUUUAACUUUAUUUCAACAAGAAUGAUACUGCAGGAUUUUUGGUGUAAAGAAUCAAAUAUGAAAGUCUUGGUUCUUUUGCAAGUCAUUAGGUAGAUUCCUUCCCCCCUGGAGCCUUGUACAAUCAUGACACAGUAAGUUUGUAUCAUUUUGAUUUGAGAAACCUCUUUUGGGAGGCUUUAUAGAGGCAAUAACAGCUCUACUAUCAAUCUAAUUCUGUUUUGUAAGUCUGAUUGCUUAUCCUUAGCCAAGAACAUCUCGGAGUUCCAUUGUACAUUGUCUUGGUGAUCUUCCUGAUUUGGAACCUUCCAAGUGAUCUAUUCUCCUAAUUAAUCUUUGAUAACUUACUUUCAUUUUCUAGCA